AGUACAAGAGGCUCAUUGGACAAGACGUUUUGCGUGUAAAUAAUCAUUGGAGAACACUUCAAGUAUACAGCUUGAUUAAAUACGUUAUAAAACCUGCUAAGUGAGAUUGUUUUUAAUGUUGGAAUGCUGAGCCCAUGUGUGAAGUAAGCCCUUGUUCAUUAGUGUUGCUAAGUGAGACUGUUGAGUUACUUUGAAUUACUGCGCGCAUGUGUGAAGUAAGUCCUGGCUCAGUGGUGUUUAGCUAGUCUGUCUUUCUUACCUCGUUACUGUGAUGUUCGAUUUUGUUUCGGAGAUAUGUCUUUCUAGUACGUCUUUCUAUUUGAAGUAUAUCUAUGUACCAUGAACGACAUAUUUAAUCAACCGUAUCCGUUAAAAUGUAACCAUUUUUUGUGUGAAAAUUCCCCCUUGUCUCACUCUGCGUAAGAUGUACACAAUUAAUGAUGACGUCAUUUGUUUUCUCUCCCCCAGAGUUCAACGGAUGAACACAUUUUUGAAGCCCUUGGACUUUGUAAUCUACACCGUGAUCGUUUAAAACACCAACUCAGAUAUCGUCACGCAGAAACCUUGUGUGAACAGAAUCUACAGACAAUUAAUAUCUUAAAUUCAAAUCAAUCAUCGAUCUACUGAAAUCUUAAAAAGACAUUACCUGCCCUGGAGUACCAGCAAGGAAAGCUUCUGAAUUAAAUAAAAGUUGACAUUUCACAGUCACCAUGACUUGCACAGUAUUUGCCAGCGGUCUCCUCGCCGCCGUGUGCCUCAUGGGUGCGGCUUGGUGCGCCACACUGCGGCCCGUGAUGGAGAGUGGUACGCUGAAGUGCAACCUACGAAACAGAGACCCGUGCGCCAAUUUCCCAGACUUGUGUUCUACAGUCGGCGGAAGUUGCGUUGUCAAAGUGAGUAAAUUAUUGUUUUUUGAUAUUGUAUUAUUGUAGGCGGACCUCAUGAUCUCAGAUAUAAACAAUUUUUUUUUUGAGUGUUGGACAAUUACAUCAUUUUAAGCUUCUUUAAGUUACAAAAAAAUUACAUACACGUCAAAAAGCACAGCAGGAUUUUAAUACAAGUUUUGUUGAGAUAAUGGACGAAUGACAUUUUUUUUCUCAUAAUUUAGGGCCCCCGAUCAAUUUAUUGAUCAUUUUGGCUCCUGGUUUGAAUUCAGAGUUAGCCUUCUCUUAGAUAAGUUGCCUCCCAAGGCUAACGAGUCCCAUCCACCCGGGGUGCUUGACUGGGCUUUGGCUGGAAUUGAACUCCAGACCACAACCAGUUUAGACCAUUCGGCCACCCAGCAAUAUUUACAAUUUAAAAGUUAAUUUAUCAAUAAAAAGAAAGAGUCAAACCCACAUCAAUGGUUGAAAAAACCAAGGUUGCGCUAACCACCAUUGACCUAACCACUACUGAAUUAGCCAGUGUGUAUGGAAAGACAAUGCUCUGUAUGGCAAGACACUGCGCUGUGUAUUGAAAGCUAGGCGAUGGAGAUAAUUUUGUGACCUUUUCAGAAAAUUUGAAGAAAAAAAAAGUUUAUUAUCAUUUUGUUAAAAUUGCAUUCUGCCUAAAUUUUCAAAUAAAUUCAAAAUUCUCAAUGGUUUUUAAAUAAUGUAACAUUUCUCAUGUUUGUGUAUUUUUACAGGGCCCAUGUCAAUACGAGUGUGUGUGCCCCACGAGCGGAAGACCUGGUGGCAACUGCUCGCCCAAGGCGGCGGCUGGCUCUGCGGUCGUCGCUGACAAAGUGACGGACUUGCGCCCGGCAGAAACCGAAAGUCUCUUGGUCUUCUCUCCGGGACUUUUCUGGGACCUGAACCACGUGGACAGUCGCGGGGAGCUCAUCAGGUCAAGCCAGCAGACGGCGCCGCCAGCAAAAACGUCGACGACGACUACCACAUUGAAAACGACGACGGCGUCAACCACAUCCACUACAACAAAACCGACAACCACAUCAAAUGCCGCUCAACCCAUGACGACCACAGCGUCUUCGCAACAGGUCACUACCGCCGAGGAUGGCCUCACCACUCUUGACACGGCCAACGCGUCUGCUGACAACGGCUCCGACGAUCAAAGAUUCACCACUGAAACCUCGGGCACGGAUGACGUCUCGCAACCCCAAGGGGACACCACUCUCUCCCUGAGCUCCGGAGACGUCACAACUUCCGACGCGGUUGACGUCGACAAUGCGUCCUCCCCCGCCUCCUCGCCGUCGUCUUCUCCUCUCAUCUCCAGCCUGUACCCCGCUCCCGCGGCGGUCAAGUCACGUGACAACACCGCGGCCGCCGCCAGCGGUUCUCCCGCCAGCGAGAUACACGACAUCCUGGAAAAAAUCAAAACCUCGUUUGAGCUCCUGACGUCACACAUACUCGCCAGUGAAAGCUCCAACGCCACCGCCAAAAGUCACGUCGUGUCGGACACGAGUGGACAACCUUCGCUACAGGCAACGGGUGUGGCACGCCCGGCGGACAAACUGUCUUCCAAAACUUCCGCAGACCAGGUACAAAGGGACACCACCAGCAGCCCAGUCCAUUCUAGCUUACACGCAGUCACAAAGUCAACAGUCAAAGUUUAAGUUUUUUUAUUUUAAAUGAAAUUAUGACGAGACACUCAUUCCAUUGAAUUGUUUAAUUUAUCUCCCUCAUGUUAACUUAUCUCCCAUGAAUAACAUGUUCUUAGUAAAAACAUGGAUAUGAUGGACCUGACAUUUUUUCAUCCAUCAAAUUGAAUCCACAUUGGAUAACAUCGAUACGAAUUUAUGAUUUUUUUUCGAAAUCGUGUUUCUCAUCAAUCAUCUAUAACUAUUUAGUGUUAAAACUAUUACAUGGAAAAUUGUGCUGAAACUAUGGGACGGCAAGUUGUGCUGGAACAAUGACAUGACAAGUGGUACUGGAACUAUGCCAUGACAAGUUGUGCUGAAACUAUGAAAUGGUAAGUUGUGCUGAAACUAUGAGAUGAUAACUUGUGCUGGAACCAUGAGAUGAUAACUUGUGCUGAAACUAUGAAAUGAUAAGUUGUGCUGAAACUAUGAGAUGAUAAGUUGUGCUGGAACAAUGAGAUAAGUUGUGCUGGAACAAUGAGAUGACAAGUUGUGCUGGAACUAUGACAAGUUGUGCUGAAACAUACUUCCAGCCAACAGUGGAGUUCUCAACUUACGUUGCUGAGUUUAUUGAGGCCUUGUGAUAGAGAAUGUACCCUUGCUAAAGAGCCUUGAUACACGGGCCCAGUGCGGGGGGGGGGGUGAGUGAUGGUCAACAUUUGACUAAUAGGAUCUGACCACAGAAAGAAAUCCCGGGCAAAGUUCAGUUGUGACCUCACCAUACAAUGCUAAAAGACAAAUUGGCUGAUCAAACACUCACCUACACUGCCAGUCAAACGCAAGACACGUGAUAUCUCUUCGUGACUACCCACAGCAUUGCGAACCUUUCUUUGUCUGAGAUGUUGGUCCACAAGGAAGUCGGGAGCUGUAAAUAUAUAGUUGCUGUGAACGUAAUUAACAAACAUUUAUGCAUUGAUCUUUAUCGUAACUGUUAUCACGUCUUAUCAUGUGCAAUCUCAAACUACAAAUGAUACAAGAAUAAAUCUACAAAUGAUAAAAGAAUAAAUGAUUUAUUAAUUGUGAUGGAAAAUUGAAAUAAACAAUAUUAUGUUAUCUUG